ACCGGCAAGUACAUCUGUACUUGACUCUGCUCAAGCAAAACAAAAAGAACAUAAAACCAAUGCAAGGCCCUAACAAAAGCACCAAGUCCUUCAAGCAAGCAUUCCUCAAGAACCUCCUCUUGGGCCUCCAGCUCCAUGCACCUACGAGCACAUCCUUCGGCAGCAGAGCCAUGAACCUCCAUUUGAGGAAGCUCGCGGUCAAGUCCUCGGCCAACGUUGCCAUGGCGGCCGCGCGCUGUGCCACCCGCACCGACGCAAGGUGGCCCAGUGCCAUCUUAGCCUCCGAAGCGGGCGCCACACCAUCAUCCGGCGCGUGCAAAGUGCAUAGGUGCAGGAGGAUCGUGAGCAGGUGCUGGAUUAGAUCAGGUCGCGCUGGUGGUGACGCCGUUGCCAGGAGGCUGUUGAGGACGAGGACUAUGGCGCUCAGGGUGGUGAUACCGGGAGGCCGGGACACUACCGUUGACCAGGCCACCCUGCUCCGCGAGGCCAUGGACUACGCGGUGCACCUGCGCGCUCAGGUCGACGUGCUCCGCCGCUUAUCGGAAAGCGUGCAAAGAUCCAGCUCCAUCUCUCGGCAGGGUCAGCAGUGAUGCUUUGGUCUCGGUGUGCACUUACAAAGGAGGCAUGAUUAAGUAUGUGGUAGUGCUGUGCCGGUGCCCCUGCAGUAAGAAAAACAUUGUCUCCAUGAUGAUCAGGGAGGAAACAGGCACAACUUUGCCUUGAGCAGAGCUGUGAAGAAAUAUAUAGAUCAGGAUUUGUCUUGUUCAUGUUAGAAUUGUGUGGAAUAUUAUUGUACAAGAUAGUUUAUAGUUAGGCUUGGUUUAGGACUGUGUGUAGACAUGGUAGGAGUCAUGUCCAAGUAGAACACUUGUAUCCUAGGCCUCUCAUAUAUAGCGGGGGUAGACACACGAUGUAACCUAUGCCAACAUAAUAGCACGGGCAUGCGGGGGAGCCGACGGCGUGUGUCGGCGCCCGGGCGGCCAGGGUGCGGUAUUGUGACGGUGUCACGGAGAGGAGCGCCUGUAGUCAGGCCCCGAGGAUGUAGCCAUAUCGGUGAACCUCGUUAACAAAUCUCAGUGUCGUGCUCGUAUGAUUGCUUGG